AGAAGGGAUUACAAAAUAAAUGGUUUAGGCCCUAUGAUUGAUGUAUUUGAUGUAUUUAUGACUAACAAAUCUACAGAGUAAUACAUUUCAUGGCUUUGGUUGUACACACUGAACUUUAUAUGGUAUUGUAGUGUACAAUAUCAAUUGUUGUUGCCUAUAUAUAUAGUUAACAACGAUUCAUGAAGGAUACAAGACACCACCCACUUGGGCCAAAGUGGUUUAGAAAUGAAAGAUACAUGGAUGUGUGUGAAGCAUGAAUAUCCUCACAGCCUCAACCUUGUCACCUAAUCACAUAUAUUGAAAGAUGUUUCCCCAUAAGGAGUUUUUUCCCUUGAACUACUACCAGUGUCUGAAUUUUUGAAGAAGCUAAGAAAAAUAUAUAUACAGGCUUUAAGCUUAAAUGAGUUCUUCCAUUCUCUGAUGUUUCUUUGACAAUGGCUCCUGCAUCCAUUUUCAUUCUCCUCUUCUCUUUCAUCCAAUUAUGGAGCUCUCUUUUUGUAGAUGCCAAGGUGUUCAUGGUUCUAAUGGACGACGAACCUGUCAUUUCAUAUAAAACCAGUCAUAACAAUCUGAGGAGUGAUGAAGAUGCUUUGAUUUACAAGGACAUUAUCAUUAAUAAGCAUAACAAUUUCUUAGAAUCACUCCUCCAAAAAGGCUCCUACACAAAACUCUACAGCUACACACAUUUGCUUAAUGGGUUUGCAGUGCAUGUCACAUCAGAGGAGGCUAUUGAUGUUCUUCAAAAUGCAGAGGGAGUUCGAAAUAUGCAGGAGGAUAUAAAGAUGGAAAAGAUGACAACUUACACACCCGAGUUUUUGGGAAUCCCUACUGGUGUUUGGCCAACCUUAGGAGGAGCUGGGAAUUCUGGAGAGGGGGUUGUAAUAGGUAUGAUCGACACUGGGAUCAAUCCAAAUCAUCCUAGCUUUGCUAGCCAGUCAUCUGGAGUUGGUUCACAUUUAAAUAGAAGAAAGUUCAGGGGAAUAUGCACUACUGGUGAUGGAUUUCCCCAAACAGCAUGUAAUGGAAAGAUAGCAGGGGCACAUCACUACGCACGUGGUGCAAUCGCUGCUGGUGAUUUUAAUGCCACACGUGAUUAUGCAUCGCCUUUUGAUGCCGAUGGCCAUGGCAGCCAUACAGCCUCUACUGCUGCUGGAAAUCACCAAAUUCCAGUGAUGGUAAAUGGUUUCAACUAUGGAUAUGCAAGUGGGAUGGCUCCUGGUGCUGGGAUCGCAGUAUACAAAGCCCUUUAUACUUUUGGAGGUUAUAUGGCUGAUGUAGUAGCUGCGGUUGAUCAGGCAGUUGAAGAUGGAGUCGAUAUCCUGAGCCUCUCUAUAGGGCCAUCUGAUGUUCCUCCUGGUCCUUCUACCUUCCUCAACCCGCUUGAAAUCGAACUACUCUUUGCUACAAAUGCUGGAGUUGUGGUAGUUCAGGCAGUUGGCAAUGGCGGCCCUGUUUCAAGUACCAUCCUCUCUUUUAGCCCAUGGAUCACAAGUGUUGCCGCCUCUAUCACUGAUCGCAAAUAUAACAAUACAAUCAUUUUAGGCAAUGGACAAAGCUUCUCCGGCACUAGCAUUGCACCUCCCACCACUGGAGAAGUGCAAUUUCCAAUUGCUGCAGCAGCAGAUGUGUGCAGUAGAAACUCAAGCUAUGAAAUGGUGGAGAACUGUCACCACAAAGAACCCUUCAUCCAAUCAUUGGUUAGAGGGAAGUUGAUCAUCUGCACUUACAGCUAUGAUUUUGAGUUGGAUCCUGCAACUAUUGCCAUGGUCGCAGAAACAAUCCAGAGUGUCGGGGCUGCCGGAUUUAUAAUGACAAUGGACCCUCAAACUGGUGGCGAGGAGAUUGACGGCACAAUAUUGACCCUGCGAAUCCCGGGCAUCAUACUAAACAACUUGGAUACCACAACAAAUCUGUGGGAGUACUACAAUUCUCAUACCAUACGUAACAGGAACAGAGAAGCAGUGGCUUUUACAGCAACAGCGAGGAUUUUAGAUGGACGAAGGGCAGUUUACACAGGGCAGGGGCCCAUUGUUGCAUCCUACUCAUCAAGAGGCCCCGAUGUUAAUAAUGCCCUCUUUCAGACUGCUGAUGUCCUCAAACCAAAUGUCAUGGCUCCAGGUUCUUCUAUAUGGGCUGCAUGGAGUCCUAACAGUGAAGGCGAUCACCAUAUAAAAGGUGAGAAUUUUGCACUUGCAUCUGGCACAAGCAUGUCUACCCCUCACAUAUCCGGCAUAGCGGCUUUGAUCAAGCAGAAACACCCAGACUGGAGCCCAGCUGCUAUCACAUCGGCAAUGAUGACUACAGCCAAUGUAACAGAUCAUUUAGGAGCUCCAAUUCUAGCCCAACAGUUUUACCAACUUGCUCCUGCAACCCCAUUUGAUUAUGGCUCCGGGGCCAUCAACCCAGCUCGAGCCUUAGACCCAGGACUAGUUUUUGACAUCAAGUUCGAGCACUACAUACAAUUCCUAUGUGCUGUCCCUGGCGUAGACGAUGAUUCUGUUAGACGAGCAGUGGGCAUUGAGUGCCCAACCGAGAAAACAUGGUGCUCAGAUUUGAAUACAGCAAGUAUAACAGUUUCUAAUUUGGUUGGGUCCAGGAAGGUGACCCGGAGGGUGACAAAUGUCUGCAGCGAGAAGGAGACAUAUCAAGUGACACUGAAGGAGCCAAUGGGCGUGGCAGUCACUGUGUCACCGAAGGUUUUUAACAUUAGUCCGAAUGCAUCCAGACACCUUAGGAUUCUCCUAGAAGCAAAAGAGGCAAGAAAUGUCUACACAUUUGGGGAGUUGGUAUUAGAGGGGAGUAAGAAUCAUGUUGUUAGAGUUCCCCUAGCUGUUUUUGUGAGCAGUGCCAUAGGGUAUUGAAAUCUUUGGCUACAGUAAUUUGAGAUGUGUUAUUUCAGUCAUACUUGUCCUGUUAAGUUACUAGUUCUUAAGAACACAACUGUUAGUAUUUAGAGACUAGAAGGAAAUCCUAAAUAGAUCCUUGGAUGAUGUUUGGAUCACUAGUAUAAAUAAAAAAGCAAAUCUGUAAUACAUUUCUGGCAAUAUAAUUGAAUUUUAAAUG